CGUCCGUCCCGUUUAGAUCUCGUAAAAUAGAAAAGAUAUUUUAAAAAUCCGACAUCAUGAUACCAUUCACCAUUCAAAGUUCUGAUGCAACUGCUAAUGCCAAACAACUUGAGGAUGGUUGUGAGAGGUAGUAAAUAAUGAAGAAGAUGCUCCCUGGUAGGUGUUGCGAUGAAAAGACUCAUUAAACCAUUAUUCUGGGCAGUGACAAUCAGCUUUUGUUCAGAUCAGUGAUCUUAAGCUUUUGUCUAGGAGUCUGACAUCAUAGCAGUUAAUAACUCUUCAUUGCAUCGCUCAGGACCAGUUUGCAUGUAACCGAGCUUAAAGGCUCAUCGCACUUAAUAGGUUUAAAUUGUCUCAGGAAGGCGUUACACUUUUCUUUUUUAAAGCAGUCUGAACUAUUUGACAGCAAUAUGAAUUCCAUCUUCUGGAUAACACUACUUCUGCUGCUGUGUAGUCAUAAUGUGUGUGUUAACACAGCAUCACACACUUUCACAGCCCUGAAUAUCAGCGGCAAUGUCUAUUGUCUUUCUGAAGACAGCAACUUCACCUACUUUGAGGCUAGAGACUAUUGUCCAAAGAUUGGAGGCGAGAUAGUCUUUUUUAAAACCAAUCUCGAAUAUUUUAACCUCUUCAAAGUACUGGACGAGAACUCGAAUUUUCCAAAGCAAAUUUGGAUUCAUUUUUGGAGGUAUUUUAACUAUCUUAGUAAUCAGAUGGUAUUCUCUUGGAGUGAUGAACUAUUUGGAAUUGGCGUAUGGUUACCCGAUGAGCCUAGCGACCAAUGCAUUGGUUUUACUAAACAGUGCUGCGCAAGGAUUAAAUUAUCAAACACGAGAGGGUUGGCAGACUACGAGUGUACAGGCAAGUUUGCAGCUCUGUGUAGAAGUCUUGAGCAGUGCACGUUCAGCUCAACAGAAUGCUCCUUGGCUUGUCAGGAGCCAGUUCAAGACAUAAAGUGCUUGUCAGGUUUCAUCCUUGAUUCGUCAAGCGGAAGUUGUUUGGAUGAAGACGAAUGCGCAAUGAACACUAGCAGAUGUCAACAGAAAUGUGUGAACACUCAAGGGUCGUACUCGUGUGACUGUGAUCGCGGAUAUACUCUGAGUACGGAUAAUGUCACCUGUAGAGACAUCGACGAAUGCCUUCUUAGAGUUCCUCCAUGUCAGCAAAUAUGCCGAAACACGAACGGAUCUUUCCAUUGCGAGUGCUAUGACGGGUACACUUUCAGGAUGAACAAUGGAACUUGUGUGGACGUGGAUGAGUGUGGAGAGGGGACGCACCAAUGUGAACAACUGUGUAACAAUACUGUAGGCUCUUACGUCUGUGACUGCAUGGAAGGAUUUCUCUUGUCCUCAGAUGGACAUAGAUGCACAAAGAUAGAUCCAUGUCUACCUUUUCAAUGCCAGCAGAUUUGUGUUGGGUUAAAUCAAAGUGUCAACUGUCAAGAGUUCUGCAAAUCUUAUCCACAGCUCUGCGACCAAGACUGCGUUAGCAACAAUGAUUCUUAUUUAUGUACUUGCAGAUCUGGUUAUGAGCUCGACAGUACGGACAACAAGACUUGCCACGACAUAGACGAAUGCAGUCUAAACUCUAGCCUAUGUGAGGUUUUCUGCAUCAAUACCCCAGGCUCAUACUUUUGCUCUUGCCCACAAGGAUAUCGCCUUGCAGGAAACAGCUACUCUUGUGAAAAGUCUACACUGGUGAAUUACUGCCCUUGUUCAUGUCUGCCCUCUAGCAGAAAGAGCAAAUUGAGCUACGAACAGCUGACUGUUUAUCUGCAGACCUUAUCAAAGAGCCUUCAAGUUGCAAGAGACAAUCUAUUGUCCCAUCGCUUACAGUUGACAAGCCAGAAGGAUGACAGGCCAACCAGCAAUACCAUCGGCUACUCUGGUAUCAUCAUGAUGUCCUUUGUAUUUGGCAUAGUCAUCCUUCCUGACCUCAUUGCGCUGACUAGUCUGGUCAUUCCAAAAUUAAGAACAAUUCUAAAAAUAUUCUUUUCCGAAUAAAAUUGUGUCUAAGACUUUCUUUUUGUUUGCGAAUGCUUUUAUAUAUUUACUAGCUUUAAUUUUACCUGGUUU